AUUAAGAAAAACAGUAUGAAAUAGUACAUAGUCUGAAUGUGCAUUAAACAUAAUUAGACGUUCGUGAAAAGUCGAUCUCUUUGAGACAGUUUCAGUUCGCGGUAACUGUACAUUUUUCGUUGAUAAUGUUUUUUUACAAUCCAACUUAAAUAAACACACACUGUGAUAAAAUAUUUUACCAGCUAUACUAUUAUUUAUUAUAAUACCAACGGGAAUAUUUUAUCGCUCAAUGGAAAAACAAAAAUGGUUAUUCUUAACGUUGUUAUUGACCUAUGCGUUAGCCGAGCACGGCAAAAAGUCAUCUAAUAGUAAACAGAUCGAUAAUGCAGAAGAGUCUACAGAAUCAAAACCACCAGAAAAACGUGGUUUAAAUAAUGUGCUCGGAUAUGGCCAAGGAACUAAUUCACAUUCGUCGCCGGAAAGUUCGGAUUAUUCGGGGUAUACAUUUGGUAAUAAUAAUGGUCGAGAUGGUAACGAAGGGGAUAGUGAACAGCUAUCUGCUAACAAUGAAAACCACAACACUGGUAAUAACGGUUUCAGUCACUUCUUUUUCGAAAGGGGCGUCCCCGAUAACGGGGGCCAGGGGUCCAAUACAGGCCAUGAUGACCAUCAUAGCUCAAUAAGUGGAAGAAAUGCCAACCAUGGUUGGAUGGCCAGUUUCUUUAACAACGAAGGGAAACCUGACAUUUCCGGCAGAGGGCACUUUUUCACUCCAGGUAAUGCCGGCGGCGGUGAACAACAUGGUUUUGGUGGUCCACAGCAAGCAUUUCAAGGGUACGGAAGUGGCGGAGAAAAUAUCGAUGCACACGAAUCGGCCAACAACGACGGCUAUAGGAGCCACGUCGGCGGUUAUGGUGGAGGUGGUUUUGGAGGCGGUGGACACGGAGGAGGUGGCGGACAUGGCGGAGGAGGCGGGCAUGGAGGAGGAGGUGGAUACGGAGGAGGAGGUGGACAUGGAGGUGGUGGAUUUGGAGCAGGUGGAUUUGGAUCAGGCGGUCAUGGCUACGGACAUGGAGGACAUGUCAGGACAGUGUAUGUGACAAAAGAAGUACCAGUUCCGUAUCCAGUUCACGUGGAAAAAAAAGUUCUCUACCCCGUCCGAGUACCAUACGAAAAACCCGUGCCGUAUCCCGUCCAUAGACCAUAUCCGGUACACAUCGAGAAACAAGUGCCCUACCCGGUCAGAGUACACGUACCGCAACCAUACCCUGUAACAGUGGAGAAACACGUACCGUUUCCGGUAAAAGUGCACGUGGAGAAACCUGUGGCGGUACACAUACCAAAGCCUUAUCCAGUAUACAUCGAGAAAAAAGUACCAGUGGCUGUAGACCAUCCGGUCCCGUAUCCCGUGAAAAUACCUAUAGACCGUCCGGUGCCCAUACACAUACCGGUAGAUAAGCCAAUACCGUAUCCAGUGGAAAGGAAAGUACCAUAUCCCGUCAAAGUGCCGGUUGACAGACCGUAUCCGGUCCACGUACCCAAACCAUAUCCCGUGCACGUUGACAGGCCAGUACCGUAUGCGGUCAAAGUUCCGGUCAAAGUACCGGUCAAAGUGCCCGUUCCUUACCCGGUGGAAGUCAAAGUCCCAGUUCACAUACCGGUGCACACCCAAUCGCAGCACGGCUACGGUAACGAGCCGACAAAAUACAACCAUCAACAACAACAACAACAACAACAACAACAACAACAACAACAACAUCAACAUCAACCACAACAACAACAACAACACCAUGACUCGUAUAGACAAGGUGGGCUACUAAAUCAAGAGAGCUCGUCGGACACUACCGGAUUCGGUACUGCAUUCGUAAACAAUUACGAAAACGGUUUUACCUCGUUCGGCAGUGGCCAAGAUCAAGGGACGCCAGACGCCUAUGGUGGUAAUGAAGACUACGGAUCUUCACAUGGAUGAUCCGUGUGAAAAUUUACCAAUUUAUAUACCAUAGUAAGUGACAUUUGCUGCCAUUUUAUCGAGCUCGUUGCGCUCAACGCAACUGAGCAUAUUAUUUUAGACUUGUAUAACACUGUAAUAAUAAUAUAAUAGGUACAUACUAAACAUACCAAUAAAAAUAAUAUUUGUACACUUUAUUGUCAUAUCAGUAAUACAUUUUACUAUAGUUAUAAUAGUCCUUAGCGUAAUGAUAUUUUGUAGACACUGUCGCGGUAUCUAAUACCCGUACGUAAGCCCUCUUAUAAGUUAUAAUAUUAUCGACGGGUUCAACGGUCCACGAUAUCACCCCAACCUUGAAUUUCCUAAAAAUUUGUUCUAUAGAAAUAUAUUUUAUUCGACGUGUGGAACGCGACUCGGUGCAGGCGGACCGCCGACUCGGCGGUUUUCAAUUCCGUGUCGUACGGCUUAAUGCGGAAAAAAAAUUCGUAAAUUGAAAAGUCUGCAACGCGACAAAUAAUAAUAAUAUGUGGAUGUCAGUCGGUCUGUUCCGGCUUGUAAAAUGAGCUCCAUUAUUUAUUUAGCAAUCCCCGCACACGCAAUCCCGCGUAUCCGUGUUUUCCCAUUUGCAGUACCGGUGGUGUUACAGCGUAGAUCGCGAAAAAUGCCAGAAGACCAAUUACUGAUUAUUUCGGUUGUUAUAACAUUUUUUGAAAACUAAAAUGAAUUCCGCUUUCGUUUCCCGUCCGGUGUCGCGGAGUGUACACGCGUAUUUUAACAAUACAACGACAACGACGACAUACCGAAUUAUAGAAGAAGAAACCGAAACCGUCCGUUGUCCGUAUGCGGUUUCCCCCCCGACUGCCAGAAUAUAUAACGACCACCUGUACAUGUACCAAUAGUGCGUACCGACAAAACCGUCGCCUGUUGACAAAACUACACGGUAUAGUUCUAUUAAAUGGGUAUUUGAUAUUCGCAAAUACGCCAUAAUAUUGUUAUACUGUGUUCAUUAUUAUUAUUAUUAUUAUUAUUAUGAUUACGAAAUUAUCGCAUUGAGCGACAGGUAUUGUCGACGUUAUAUACAGUGAAACUACGCCGCGAAAAUACGAAAUACCGUAACCAUGUUAUAAUAUAAAAUACAGGUACUUAAUCAUGUAAGUGUAACUACCAUUUGAAAUUAUACACAUGGGUACUUACCCAAUGUAAGGAAUGUUGGCGGGCACGUGAUAUUUUGAUCCCGGAUCGAAAUCUGUUUCGGACCGGAGUACUGGAGGCUUGACACCGCCAAGUCGUUCUCUAAAUAAUUUUUAAAAAAAAACCACACAGUCAAUUUUUAUAGUUAUUUUUUUUAAUCUGAAAUAUAAAAACGAUAAGUAAUGAAUAUAGAAUAUGGAUCGUUGUUAAAACAAUUAUAGGUAAACUACAUAGGUAUCUAUGAAAAAUGUAUAGAAUUGUUAUUUUUUUUUUUUUAAUCUUAUAUAGUUUUUAAUAGUAUUUAGUUCUAAGAUAAUCGAUAUUGAUCAAUACCUAAGUAUUUUGUAUACUUAAAAUACGUUUAAAAAAUAUGAUUAUUCUUUUAUAGACCUUCAAAAAAUAUAUUUUAAUAAUUUGCCUACC